AUGCUUCUCUCCUCUCUCAUGGACUCUCCCAGAGUCCUCCUGCAGCUCUGCCUCAGCACCAUCCUCAGCAUAUUUACCAAAGUCUUUUCCAACGUUGGCUCCUGGUAUGGAGGAGCCUGCAGGGGCCCAAACCCGCCGCCCUCCGAUAGAAACAUCCAACCGCAGAAACCUGCAGGAGAAGCUGGGACGACCCCAACCAGCGUCAACUAUCAUUUUACCCGCAAAUGCAAUUAUAAAUGCGGCUUUUGUUUCCACACCGCAAAGACUUCCUUCGUGCUUCCUUUGGAGGAGGCAAAGAGGGGGCUCAGACUGCUCAAAGAAGCUGGCAUGGAAAAGAUUAACUUCUCAGGAGGGGAACCAUUUUUGCAUGAAAGGGGAGAUUUCCUGGGGAAAAUGGUUCAGUUCUGCAAAGUGGAGCUGCAGCUCCCCAGUGUCAGCAUAGUCAGCAACGGAAGCAUGAUCAGAGAAAACUGGUUUCAGAAAUACGGAGAGUUUCUGGACAUCCUGGCCAUCUCUUGUGACAGUUUUGACGAAGAAACCAACCAGAUGAUCGGCAGAACUCAAGGCAAGAAGAGUCACAUCGAGAACCUGUACAAGAUCCGCGGCUGGUGCCAGCAGUACAAGGUGGCCUUCAAAAUCAAUUCAGUUAUCAACAGCUUCAACGUUCACGAGGACAUGACUGAACACAUCAACGAGCUCAACCCUGUGCGCUGGAAGGUUUUCCAGUGUCUGUUGAUCGAUGGAGAGAAUGCUGGCGAGGCGGCCCUGAGGGAGGCGGAGAAGUUCGUCAUCAGUGACCAGCAGUUCCAGGAGUUUCUAGACACGCACCGCGCCGUCUCCUGCCUCGUACCAGAGUCCAACGAGAAGAUGAGGAACUCGUACCUGAUCCUGGACGAAUAUAUGCGUUUCCUGGACUGUCGAGAGGGAAGGAAGGACCCUUCCAGAUCCAUCCUCGAUGUUGGUGUGAAGGACGCCAUCAGCUUCAGCGGCUUUGAUGAGAAGAUGUUUCUGAAGCGAGGAGGGAAAUACGUGUGGAGCAAAGCGGACAUGAAGCUGGAGUGGUGAAACUGAGCUGAUCGCUUAUCCAAUGCUUCUGUUUGCCUCUUGUUACACUUUGGAUAAGAUUAUUGUAAAUAAUUCAUGUAAAGCUUUC